AUGGGAGUGAUCGAAUUCCUUUGCGACCGACGAUUCCACCAAAGUUACGUCCUUCCGCCAAACCCCGAGACAGGCAGGCGCACGCCAUGCCGCAUCUCGUACGCUGAUUAUGGAGAUCCGAACAGCGACGCGGUUGUGCUAUUCUGCGGCGCGCUGAUGGGAAUGCGGCUUUGCUACUCGCCACUUGACCAGCUGGCAAAGGCAUACAACAUCCGAAUCAUUCACCCAGACAGACCUGGGGUCGGCGGCAGUGAUCCCGUUGAAUUGCAUGAACGUAUAUCCAUGUGGCUCGAAAUGGUUCCGCGGCUUCUCUCACACCUCAAUAUCUCACACGUCUCAAUAGCAAGCCAUAGCGGUGGUGCCAUCUACGCUCUCAACACGAUGCUUAUGUAUCCGAACCUGCUACAUCCGCAGAAUCCGUAUGUCUGCUUCUUUGCCCCCUGGGUCCACCACUCGCAUUCCAAGGUCAAGCAGCUGAGGGCGACAGAACUGCUGCCGGCGCCACUGAUUGGAAGAUUCGCCUCUCUAGCGCGCUUCGUCAAUGAUAAUGUCGUACCCUUGGCUGGAAUGAGCAGCGGUUUCCUUCAAGGGCUUAAAGGGACGUUGAACCAGUCAACUCCUGCACCUGCACCGGUACCGCUUACACCGUUCACAACAACGCUCUCCAGGACGGAUUCAAUUGCAUCACGGGGUGAACACCCAGGCCUUGCUUUGAACGAUCCAGACGUGGUCGAGGAGUUGCGCAAAGAGAUCCUGGCAUACCUCUUCGCGGAGUGCAUGGAUGGUAUCUCCGCCGAUGCGCAACUAUUCCUGAAGAAACCCCACACUCUCUCUUGGUGCUCGCCCAGCAUGCUCUGGUCAGACACGGACGACUUCGUGCUACUGCUGUCUAAACUUAUUAGCGAAGAAGGGACUGGCAAGGAAAGCAGAACCUGGACUAUCGACGCCUUCCACGCCGAAGACGACAACAUGAUUGGAGAAAAGGGCAAACAAUGGUUCGACAACUGCUGGCAGCCUGAAAAGCCUUCCACCGCCAGCGCCCACAGCACAGAAACCCCGCCAGUCCGCUACGAAUUCAGAAGCAAGGUUGUCAAAGGGACGGAUCACAACUACUUGAUGGAUCCUGCUUUCGGCGUUUCCGAAGUCUGGUUGGAGAGGGUACGUGCAUCAUGGGACGCAUCCUAG